AAAUGAUUUGAUAUUACUAGACUUUUGAGAUAUUAAUAGAAUGUAAGAAAAUGCGUCAUGUAUAAUGCAUAAACCUGCAAAAGUGUGUAAAGUCGUUUUUGUUUUCUCGUAGGAGUCAAAUAAUCUAACGUCAACUUCACGCAACGUUCAGGCUCCGACGGCAGUUAUGGCUUCGACUCAAAAGUGCUAUGGCAAAGGAACAUGUGUUCCCGGCCCAGUUCCCAAUGGUCAAAUACGGAUCUACAGCAUGAGAUUCUGCCCCUUUGCCCAGAGAACAAGGCUGGUACUUAGUGCCAAGGGUGUUAAGCAUGAAACUGUGAACAUCAAUUUGAAGGACAAACCUGAAUGGUUCCUGGCGAAGAACCCUCUUGGCCUAGUGCCGACCCUGGAGACCCCCUUUGGUCAGGUGAUCUAUGAAUCACCAAUCACAUGUGAAUACCUGGAUGAAGUAUAUCCAGAGAAAAAACUGUUUCCCUCAGACCCCUUUGAAAAAGCUCAACAGAAGAUGUUGCUAGAGGAGUACUCAAAGGUCAUUCCAUUGUUCUACAAGAUCCCUGGAAGCAGGAAAAAUGGUGAGGAUGUGUCUGCACUGGAAGCAGAGUUUAAGGAGAAGCUCUCCAAGCUGAAUGAGGUGCUUGUUAAGAAGAAAACCAGUUUUUUUGGAGGCAACUCGGUCACUAUGAUUGAUUACCUGAUUUGGCCUUGGUUUGAGAGGUUGGAGGCGUGGCAGCUGAAUCACUGUCUGGAUGGCUUUCUGGAGCUGAAAAAGUGGGUUUCAUGCAUGCUAGAGGAUCCAGCAGUAAAGGACAUUAUCCACAACACGGAUACCCACAAAGCCUUUUUCAACUCAUACCUGGAUGGAAAUCCUAAUUAUGACUAUGGUUUAUAGAUUUAUAUCCACACUGGAGAAUAAUUGUUCAUUUUCUGAUCAAAUUUCUUAAUCUGAUUUUUCUAAUCUAUCCAGAAAAAAAUCUAUUUUCCUCUGUAAUCUUAAAAUGAUCGAAUAGUGUGUUUCUUUUGUUGCUGUCUCCUUUCUUGUGGGAUGUUUUAUUCCUUUCAAGCAUGUAGAUGUUACAGACUAGUUUGUCGCCCCUUUGAAAUGAAAGCGGGGAUUACUUGAAACAUGGACAAUGGGGGAUGAAUUACUUGAAACAUGGACAAUAUAUAUUGUUGGAUAUGUUUUAUUAAAAUUGAUUAAAGCUUUAAUUGCAGACAUUCUUUUGUUACCUCACUAUGACGUUUGACUAAACUCAUCAUCUACAAAUGUU